CUCCCACACGCUGCCACAUCCCCCGUACCCCGGGAAAAAUAUCGCCUCCUCCCCGCACCGCCAUGGCCGCCUCCGCGGCGCCACUCCGGGCCGCGCUCGCCCGCAGCCCCGCCGCCACCGCCGCCGGGCGCGCCUUCCUCCCGCCGCUCCCUCCCCGCGCGCGCCGCAUCCGCCUCCGCCUCGGCCCGGCCGUUCUCGCCUCCGGGAGGGGGAGGAGGAUCCGCGCGGAGGCGACGGCGAGGACGAGGCAGGACAAGGAGCAGCAGGAGGCCGAGGUGGCCGCCGUCGAGGACUCCUUCGCCGUCAGGGAGGCGGCCGCCACACCCCCUCCGGAGGAAGAGGGGGGGUUCGACGAGGAGCUCACCCUCGCCGGCGAGGACGGCGACUGGGUCAUCAGGCUCGAGCAGUCCUUCAACAUAUUCCUCACAGACACCGUCAUCCUGAUACUCGAUAUUCUGUACCGCGACCGCGACUACGCCAGGUUCUUCGUGCUCGAGACCAUCGCCAGGGUGCCCUAUUUCGCGUUUAUAUCGGUGCUUCAUUUGUACGAGACCUUUGGAUGGUCCAGAAGAGCUGACAACAUCAAAGUGCACUUUGCCGAAAGCAUGAAUGAGUUCCAUCACCUCUUAAUCAUGGAAGCGUUGGGUGGCAACUCUGUAUGGAUUGAUCGCUUUCUUGCGCGGUUUAGUGCCUUUUUUUACUACUUCGUCACUGUCGCCAUGUACAUGCUGAGCCCAAGAAUGGCAUACCACUUCUCUGAAUGUGUUGAGAGGCAUGCAUACUCAACUUAUGACAAGUUCCUUAAGCUCAAUGGAGAGGAGUUGAAGAAACUACCAGCUCCAGAGGUGGCUGUAAACUAUUACAUGAAUGAGGAUCUCUACAUGUUUGAUGAGUUUCAAACAUCAAGAGCUCCAAAUUCCAGGAGGCCUAAAGUUGAUAACUUGUACGAUGUAUUUGUGAAUGUACGAGACGAUGAGGCGGAGCAUUGCAAGACGAUGAAGGCAUGUCAAACGCAUGAAACCCUCCGUUCUCCUCACUCCGUGCAGAGCUCCACAGAAGCUGAUUCCAAAUGAUCGUGUCAAGAAGUCUCUUGCAAAUCAAGAUUGACCAGUUGUGUACCUCCGUGCUAGAGCGCUGUAGAAUAGCAUACUAAAUUUUGGUGAUAUAUUGUAUUCCAUCUUCGUUUCAUUUUCUUCUUUCCCCUUGUAUGUAGACAUUGAUUAGCACAGACUUCUGUACUUGUGAAUCUUACAUAGUAGGAAUAUUUAUAUAUAUAAAAAGUGUGUAAUUCAGCUGGUCUA